AUGUCAGGUGCCCAGGGAUAUGCAGGAAGGUUAGGUAGCAUUGAAACCCAAUGCACAUCCUUCCUGCAAGCCGGCCCGGCCCACCACAUCCAUCGAAUCGAGAAGAAGCCUUCAAAUCGCCGCAAUCCUAGAAAGAAAGAAAAGCCCAUGUCCUGCAUUGAAGCGAAAUGGAUCACCGCUUCCCCACAGGCAAGGUAA